GAGGCCGCGGCGGCGGGGGCAGCGCCGGGCUGCGUCAGGCUGAGCCCGUUCCCCGCGCGGCCGCAGGAGCGCACGCGGCCGCCGCGCCGCCCAGCCCCGCCGAGAGGGGCGCACUCGCCGCCGCGGAGCCGCCGCCGCCGCUCACCGCAGCCCCCUCCCGGCGACCCGCAAGUCUUCUCAACUGUGCGCGACUAAGUGUUUUGUGCAUCAUUCCAGUGGCAGCGCUAAAAUUCCCCGUGAUCUUGUCUACCUGGCCUACUGUCCCUAUCCUGAAAUCAAGAGAAGACUGCUCCACAAGACUCCUCCCGGCAUUGCUGCAAUGUCUGUAUCUAAUUUAUCAUGGUUGAAGAAAAAGUCCCAGUCGGUGGAUAUUACUGCUCCAGGGUUCAACCCUUUGGCCGGUGCAGGAAAGCAAAUGCCACAAGUCAGUAAGCCCCCUGCACCCAAGACACCCAUCAUUGAAGAAGAACAGAACACAGCCAACACAGCCAAUACCCCGAAGCAUCCCUCCCGCAGGAGUGAGCUGAAGAGGUUCUACACGAUUGAUACUGGCCAAAAGAAGAGCCUAGACAAAAAAGAUGGGAGACGAAUGUCUUUUCAGAAACCUAAAGGGACUAUUGAGUAUACUGUUGAAUCAAGGGAUUCCUUGAAUAGUAUAGCCCUGAAAUUUGAUACAACACCAAAUGAACUUGUUCAGUUAAAUAAGUUAUUCUCCCGAGCAGUUGUUACUGGACAGGUUUUAUAUGUUCCUGAUCCUGACUAUGUUUCCAGUGUGGAGAGCUCUCCAUCGCUAAGCCCCAUAAGUCCCCUGUCACCAACAUCGUCUGAGGCUGAAUUUGAUAAGGCCACUAAUCCUGAUGCAGUGUACCCGAAAGAAACAACUCCCUUGUCUACAUUUACUGGUAUUCGACCUGCACGAGUUGUAUCUUCAACUUCUGAAGAGGAAGAAGCAUUUACUGAGAAGUUUCUAAAAAUUAAUUGCAAAUAUGUUACCAGAGGCAAGGGCACAGUCAGUGGUGUGCUGCUAGUUACACCAAAUAAUAUAAUGUUUGAUCCACAUAAAUCUGACCCCUUGGUUCAAGAGAAUGGCUGUGAGGAAUAUGGGAUCAUGUGUCCAAUGGAAGAGGUGAUGUCAGCUGCAAUGUACAAAGAAAUUUUGGAUAGCAAAAUAAAGGAAUCCUUACCCAUAGAGAUAGAUCAGUUAUCAGGAAGGGACUUCUGCCACUUAAAGAAAAUGUCAAGAAGUGAUGCUGAUGAAAUAGACUCAAGAAUCCGUGAUGUGGUCAAUGAUAGUGCCAGCACUGCUCCCAGGUGCACCGAGGAGUCCCUUUUUGAAGACGUGUUCACAGAAUCAGAACUCUCUCUGGUACGGGAAGAGCUUGUCUCUUCAGAAGAGCUGCGACAAGGUAAAUCAUCUGGUGCAUCAUCAGAGUCUGUGCAGACUGUCAAUCAGAGUGGAAUAGAAUGUUCUACAAGCAUAUCAGAAUCUACUACUACUCUUGAUCAGUUAAAAUCUGAUUCUGGACAUUCUCCAAAUGAAGUUGGGGCUCUUUCCCUUAAAACUGAUUUAAAUCUCAAAAUGGCCACUAAAGAAGGAGAUCAGGCAACAGAUAAUGUUCAAGAAAUAUUAGACCCUAAAGAAGGAAGCAUAAAUAUUAAAGGUAAUGCAGACCAGGAUUUUCUUAAUGAGAAUUCACUGCACCAAGAAGAGGAUGAAAAAGAAAGUAUACCUUGUGGGGAAGCAACAGAAUUCAAACUAAAGCAAACUGUCAAAGGAAAACAAGGGAAGGAACAAAAACAGGACUCAGAGACAGAGGUAGAAGAGCUCCGGAAACUCUGGAAAACGCAUACUAUGCAAGAAACUAAACAGCAAAGGGACAAUAUUCAACAGGUGUCACAAAAGGAAAUUAAGCAUAAAAUAGCAACUGUUGAUACAGAAGCUUUAGGUUCUUCAUUUUUAAAAGAAAAGAGAAGGCAUCAGUUACAUAAGUUCUUACGUCUCAGAGUUGGAAAACCAAUGAGGAAAACAUUUGUAUCCCAAGCGAGUGCAACAAUGCAACAGUAUGCACAGAGAGAUAAGAAACAUGAAUAUUGGUUUGCUGUGCCACAAGAAAGGUCAGACCACUUAUAUGCCUUCUUCAUUCAGUGGAGUCCAGAAAUAUAUGCAGAAGAUACUGGUGAAUAUACCAGAGAACCUGGAUUCAUAGUUGUAAAAAAGAUUGAAGAAUCUGAAACAAACGAGGAUUCAUCUAAUGAAGAAGCAGCCAGAGAAUGGGAGGUAGUGUCAGUGGCUGAGUAUCACCGCAGGAUCGAUGCUCUAAAUACUGAAGAACUGCGCACACUCUGCAGACGUCUCCAGAUUACUACAAGGGAAGACAUCAAUUCAGAGCAGGUUGCUCCAGUGAAGGCAGACCUGGAGUCUGAAUCCUUUAGACCAAACCUAAGUGAUCCCAGCGAACUCUUACAGCCAGAUCAAAUUGAAAAGCUUACCAAGCAUCUUCCACCAAGAACAAUUGGCUAUCCAUGGACUCUUGUUUAUGGUACCGGGAAGCAUGGCACAAGCUUGAAGACUCUUUAUCGAACAAUGAUAGGUUUAGACACCCCAGUGCUGAUGGUGAUUAAAGACAGUGAUGGACAGGUUUUCGGUGCAUUAGCAAGUGAGCCAUUUAAAGUGAGUGAUGGCUUCUAUGGUACUGGAGAAACCUUUGUUUUUACCUUCCGUCCAGAGUUUGAGGUCUUUAAGUGGACAGGUGAUAAUAUGUUUUUUAUCAAAGGAGACAUGGAUUCCCUAGCUUUUGGUGGUGGAGGGGGAGAAUUUGCCCUUUGGCUUGAUGGAGAUCUCUACCAUGGAAGAAGCCAUUCUUGUAAAACGUUUGGGAAUAAUACACUUUCUAAGAAGGAAGAUUUCUUUAUCCAAGACAUUGAAAUCUGGGCUUUUGAAUAAAUAUAAUGCUCUCUGUCUUAGCAGGAUAAUGGCCCAAACCUGACAUGGAUAAGCAUUAUUUGGAAAGUUCAAGAAGCAAUACAAUGUAACAUAUUACUCGUGCUUUAAAAUUAGUCCAUAUCACCAUUUAUUACCGUUAUAAUUUUGGAAUUUAUUUUUAAAAUCAUGUUUUCUGUCCCAGAGUUCUUUAGGUUUAGACCAUGGUAUAGGUCCAUGUAGUAUAAAAGCUUGGGUUUUUGUCAGAAUUAUGGCAGCAUUUUGAUCAUAGUGUCGACCUUACCUACAAUCCAUGUUAUCUCAGUCUCCUAAAAGGAUGGUGCUCUUUUGUUGAACCUGUUUUGGUUUAUUAUUUUUAAAACUAUAUUGUUUAACUAGAUCAUUCUAAUUGGGGCAUUGAGGGAAUGAAGACUAGAUACUGUUCUAUCUAUAAGGUUGGCACAGAUGAAUUUUGAACAUGCUAAACUUAGUCAUUCUUAAGAAGGAAAAAACACAUGCCAAAUAAAUGCAUACUUUAUGGACCACUGAGUUCUAGUUCACACUACAACAUUCUCUUCAUUAAUUUUGCAAAUACUCUCAAUUUCAUUUUAAUAAAAAUGAAAUUUGAGGAGAAUUCUGGUUGAAAUAGACUGCAAUGUGCAUGAUCUGCAGGUUUGGGCAUAUGCUUUCAUCACUGAAUUAACUGAUAAAGAAUUAUAAAAUGACAAAGGAGAAUGAGAACUUGAUGAUUCUACUGGAUUUAAUAUAUCAAGCAAGAAAAUAGUCUACUUACAUAUUUAUAGCUUAGCAGAGUAUUAUACAUAUAAAACUACAAAACAACUGCGUAUUUCUUCAACAUUUGUGUCAGGUAUACUGUUUUAUAGUUAUGUUGUUUUAGCCUUAUUGCACACCAGCUCCCAAAAUAUAGGUUCCUGUUCAAAAGGAAAAAAAAAAAACUUGAUUUUUUUUUUUUUUUAGUUAUUAGUUACCAUUAGCAUUUGCUGUUAUAAAAGGGCAAUGAUAAUAGUAGACAAUUGUAACUCAGUAGACUUGUUGAAUAUGCAAACUUACUGUCAAGUGACCUCAAAAAAAAAAGAUAGAAUAUACUAGUAGUUCUUAUCCUCUUUUGUGGGAAACCAAUAAUAAGCCAUUAUGGCAAUAAUUCAGUUAAUUUCAAAGCUUCAUGUUAUGCAAACAAAAUCCUGCUGUUAUACAUGUGACAGUGACUUUGUGCUGAAAUUUCAGCUAUUCCAGAUAAACAGUGUAUAUUAUCUUGUAAAUUAAUGUUUAAAGAUAGUUUUGUUCUUAUAGAAAGUAUGGAUUGCCAGGUUGCUUAUAGCACUUUAAAUUAUUCUAAAAAUGAAAUUAUAAGCCAAAUAUGUUGGCUUAGUAGUUUUAGUUGUAUAGCACUUAAAUAUAUUUAGAUCUUUUGAAAAUUUAGAUAAUUAUCUUAAAAAAGCAUAAUGCUAAUGGAAAAGAAAAUUUGAUGUUCUAUUUAAUAUGCUAUUGCUGAAUAUGAAUAGAAAUGCAGGGCAUCAUUUUCUUGUCUAUGUAAAGCUCUCUCAUUAUAACUUAAUAGUAUAUAGAUUAAGUGUUUACAAAUAGGGAAUUGUAAAUAAAUAUAUUGGGUUUCCCCCCAUUUGGUCUUCCACAGCAGUAUUAUUGUCUUUGUGGAGUUGACUAAUCCUAAAAAAAAAUCCUGAUUGGAUUUCAAUUACAAUAAGGUCAUAGUGGUGUAUACCAAAUAAAAUUAAAUAUAUAAAUAUAAA